GCGGCAGAAUGAGAGUAUUUAUUACAUGAGGUAGGAACUACACAUCUAAGAUAUAAAUCAAUCGCGAUUCCUAGGUAACCUUUAUAUAAACCUUGGAACUCAUGUGAAUCAUUUUUUCCUUAGGACCCGCCCCUUUAUAAUAUUUUACUAGCCCAUCUUCAAAACAUGGGUCAUUUGUAUCCCACCAAAAGACUUACCCUCUUCUUCAUCUGCACCAUCUUCUCCAAUUUCACCACGGGCAGCAUCUGGGCCCAGUUCUGCGAUGACGAGGCAUGCUCCGUCAACUGCGGGUUUACCGUCAGUGUCAGUAACCCAGGUUGUCUAGGACGAGAAUGGGGACGGAAGUCGGUCAAACUGCAUGGCCAGGAUUUUGUUGGCUCCUAUCUGGUGAGCUCCCCCGACGAUAAUUGCGGCUGCCAAAACGAUUGCAUCACCAUACCAGGCGCUGGCCUUCCUACCUGCAUAGACCUUUCUAAAAAGGCCAUCGCACAGUCGUAUCGCUUUCAACUCACCACCUGCAAGAAAGACGAAGCCGGGUCGGGGCAGGGGGUUGGGGAUAACUGCAAUGUUUCGUCUUCUGCUGAUCUAUUGCUCCCUACUACUCUGCCGUCGUCCGCCAGAAUAAGCACGAUUCUCAACAUGACAUCAAUUGUAGUCUAGGCGACGUCGGGAGUAGGCGGUCAGGGUACGUACAACCUUGGCUCCCUAAACAUGCCGCGUAUGAAGAUGAUUUCGUCUCUAGCAAGAUGUAUAUCUACUAAGAGAGAUUUUGAUUGGCGCAGUUAUCUAGGCAGAAAAGGAAACGUUAGCACAAAUCAAGAGAAAUUCAACUUUGU